AUGUUCAAUGGGUCUCUGUUGAUCUUCUGUGAGCAGCUCCAGAAAAUGCUGCGGGACUGGGAUGCCACGUUUCUCCAACUGCUUGCACAGCAUCAGCAACUGCGGCCGUGUAGUGUUGAUCUCGGUGUCCGUCUCGCGGAUCUCCAGGAGCAGCGACAGGUUCGUCUCCAUGAGCUUGGCGUUGCUGCUUCGCAUCACUUGAAGCUUCUCCCUCAUAUUUUUCCAGUCUCUUUUGUGGCUCUGAUGCUCAUAACCACAGGGCUCUCCAAGAUGCUGGCGCGCUCGACGACGAAGCUUGUGUCGGUGAUGCAGCGGCCGCAGGGCAUUAAGCCGCUGUUGGCUCGUUCCUUCGCACACCGCGUGAACAUGGUGCUAAAGGAGGAUGUGUCCAACCUCGGUUUUCGCGGCGAUGAAGUGUCCGUCAAGGCCGGAUAUGCGCGUAACUUCCUGUAUCCUGAAAAGCUUGCUGUUUACGCCACGGAUGCCAACCGCGAGAGGUACAAGGUGGACAAGGAGUCUGUGGACGAGGCGUUGCUCGAGAAGGAGCACGAGCUUGAGGCCAUCAUCCACCGUCUUAGCAACAUCGAGGUGGUAUUCAAGCGCCACACUGCCGCCAAGACCGAGGUCAAGCUGCACAGCGAGGUGAACGCGCAGAACAUCUCGGACAUGCUGGAGAAGCAGCACGGUCUCAUCGUGGGUGUGGCCCGCAUCGAUCUCCCCACGCCCAUUAAGACAUUGGGCGAACACACGGUCAAGGUCCGCGUAGACGACGCGAUCGAGGAGGAAUACGCUGCUGGCGCCGUCGUGUCGGCCGCGGAAGGCGAAGUGGAGGCUGAGGUUGAGGCUGAAGGCGAGAAAAAGCAGAAGAAGGGACCGUCUAAGAAGAAAUGGGUGAGCCUCGCCAUCGAGGUCGAGAGGCGGUAG